GUGCCUUAAAAACGGUGAUUGGGUAAUUGAUUGAUCCUCAUUCUUAUGCUAUCAGAGGUCAUGAAAUCUGUAUCAUCUCCUUUCUUAAAAGAAAAUUUGUAUUGUUUUCAUUUGCAGUUGUGUUGUGAUGUAUUAUCCUGAACACUAAUGUGUAACUCUAGCAAAAACUCUGUUUGGUAAUGUAUUUCUGGGCAGUAUAUUGAACAAGUUGACCAUACAGAAAUUUGGUGUUUUGAAGGACCAACUAAUUGAUCUCGUGGUCACAACUCCUGAUAUUCUAAAGGUUUUAGUCUUGCUGAUAUUUGAUAGAGCUGUGCUGGAGCCAACCUUUUGCCCCCUUUAUGCUCUUCUUUGCACUGUCCUCAAUGAGAAGCUACCUUUCCUCUCUGAAGAACCUGGUGGGAAAUUAAUGACUUGUAAGCGAAUCAUUGCAAAUAGAUGCCAGGAGGCAUUUGAAGGUGCUGACAAUCUGAGGGCUGAAAUUAGGCAGAUGAUCGCCCCUGAGCAAGAAAUGGAACGCAGGGACAAAGAAAGAAUGGUCAAACUGAGAACUCUUGGCAACAUCCGCCUUAUUGGAGAACUCGUGAAGCUGAAGAUGUUUCCUAGAAAGAUUGUCCACCAUGUUAUUCGGGAACUCUUAGGACCCGAUUCUCAAGCUUGCCCAGCAGAGGAAAAUGUGGAGGCACUAUGCCUAUUGUUUAAUGCUAUUGGGAAGCAGCUGGAUCAAGGCCAAAAUUCGCGGGAACUGAAUGAUGGGUACUUCAGCAAGCUGAAGGACCUGAAAACGAACAUCCAACUUGCACCGCGGUGGAGAUUUAUGGUCAGUGACGUUCUUGAUCUACGGGCCAACAAUUGGGUCCCCAGGUGUGAAAAGCUGGAUCAAGGCCGAAAAUCGCGGGAACUGAAUGAUGGGUACUUCAGCAAGCUGAAGAACUUGAAAACAAACAUCCAACUUGCACCGCAGUGGAGGUUUAUGGUCUGUGACGUUCUUGAUCUACGGGCUAACAACUGGGUCCCCAGACGUGAAAAGGUUGGGCUUGGUCCUCCUCUUGUAAAGGCUGAAGUUCCAUGGUCAGCAAGAAGAAGAGGGGCUUUAUCGCGAAAGGAACAUGCCUUAAAAACAGUGAUUGGUAUAUUGAACAAGUUGACCACACAGAAGUUUGGUGUUGUGAAGGACCAACUGAUUGAGCUCGUAGUCACAACUCCUGAUAUUCUAAAGGUUUUAGUCUUGCUGAUAUUUGAUAAAGCUGUGAUGGAGCCAACAUUUUGCCCCCUUUAUGCACGUCUUUGCACUGGCCUCAACGAGGAGCUUGAUCCUUUCCUCUCUGAAGAACCUGGUGGGAAAUUAAUUACUUGUAAGCGAAUCAUUUUAAAUCUUUGCCAGGAGGCAUUUGAAGGUGUUGACAAUCUGAGGGCCGAAAUUAGGCAGAUGAUUGCCCCCGAGCAAGAAAUGGAAGCCAGGGACAAAGAAAGAAUGGUCAAACUGAGAACUCUUGGCAACAUCUGCCUUAUUGGAGAACUCGUGAAGCUGAAUAUGGUUCCUGAAAAGAUUGUCCACCACGUUAUUCGGGAACUCUUAGGACCCGAUUCUCAAGCUUGCCCAGCAGAGGAAAAUGUGGAGGCACUAUGCCUAUUGCUUAAUGCUAUUGGGAAGCAGCUGGAUCAAGGCCAAAAUUCGCGGGAACUGAAUGAUGGGUACUUCAGCAAGCUGAAGGACCUGAAAACGAACAUCCAACUUGCACCGCGGUGGAGAUUUAUGGUCAGUGACGUUCUUGAUCUACGGGCCAACAAUUGGGUCCCCAGGUGUGAAAAGGUUAAUUUCUAUAAUUAACUAUUUUUUUGUCAAAAAAAAAUUAAAAAUUGAUGGUCUUUCCAAAUCCCUUCUAUUUUUAUCUACUAGGGUGUCCCAAAUGCAAUGUUUUUUAAAAUGUGAGUGAGUGGUUACAACAUAAGUGAGGUUAAACUAGUGUCUGUAGUUAAUAUGUAAAUAUGACUGAAAUAUUUACUAUUGUUAAAUGUAAGUCAUUAAAUGAUGUGAUUAAAAUAGAAGUUGCAAGGUUAGCUGAUGGAUCCUAACUGUGAACUACUAAAAAUAAAAGUGAAUAGUUAGAAUGUUUAUUGUAAUUAAAAUGGA